AUGGCGGCGGGGAAGGCGGCGGCCGAGCCGCUGGGGCGGACGGCGGAAGAGGUGGCCUGGGCGGAGGCGCUGCGCGGGGCCUGCGAGCCCGAGCACCACUGGCGGCACCGCCGGGAGUUCCUGCUGCGCAACGUAGGGGAGCCGCCGGCGGCGGGCAGCGCCCAGCUCCAGCGGCUGGUGUCCCUCUCCAUGGUGUGGGCCAACCACGUCUUCCUGGGCUGCCGGUACCCGCCGCAGGUCAUGGAGAGGGCGCUGGAAAUGGCCGAAGGCAUCCGAGUGACCGGCGCGCCUGUCCGCACCACGAGAGAUGAACUGGUUGCCAAGGUGAAGAAAAGAGGCAUAUCAAGUAGCAAUGAAGGGGUAGAGGAGCCCUCCAAGAAGCGAGCUGUUGAGAAAAGCAAAGAUUCUAAGGACACUGGAAAGGAUGUGAAACCAACCAAGGCAGAAGCCCCAAAGGACACAGAGAGCACAUUGCCAAAAAAGCAGGGAAAAAAUAACAGCGAAGGUCCAGAAAGCUCCCAGUCAACUUGCAGUUCAAAUCAAGAAAUGGCCACAGCGUCAGACAUAGAAACAGAAGGAAAACCUGCUAAUGCUGAAAAUACUACUGAGCAAAAUCAGUCUUCAUCUGAAAAAGAGUCUGGAGAGAAACCUUGCUCAAAUUCACCUAAGGAAAGCAAGUGUGAAAAUGUGCCAUCACCUGAAAAGAAAACUACAGUAAGUGCAGUGCCACCAGCUGCCAAGAACACCCCACAGGCAGAGGCAGUGCCAGCAGCGGUGCCAUCUGCCACUAAGAGCGCCCCGCAGGCAGUGGCAGUGCCACCGACCACCAAGAGCACCCCGCAGGCAGAGGCGGUGGCAGCAACGGUGCCACCGACCACCAAGAGCAUCCCGCAGGCAGCUGCAGUGGCAGCGACGGUGCCACCAACCACCAAGGGUACCCCGCAGGCAGCUGCAGUGCCACCGACCACCAAGAGCACCUCACAAACAAGUGCUACAUUGCUGUCUUCCAAAAACCAAGCGAGUGCCCCGGCAUCGAUGUCCAAGAGCGGCGCUCAGGCGGGCACCUCGCUGCUGCUGGCGCCCAAGAGCAGUGCUCAGGCAGGCACCUCGCUGCUGCUGGCCCCCAAGAGCGGCACUCAGGCGGGCACUUCACUGCUGCUGGCCUCCAAGGGCACUGCUAAGGUGGGCUCCCCUCUCCUGGCCUCCAAGAGCAGCGCUGAGGUGGCUGCCUCUUUGCUGGCUGCUCGGAGUGGCGCUCAACAGGGAUCCUCACCGCUGACUUCCAAGAGCAGUGCUCAGGUGGCUGCUUCACUGCUGGCUGCCCGGAGCGGUGCUCAGCAAGGUCCCUCGUCACUGGCCUCCCGGGGGGGAGCUCAGGCAGGUGCUUCCCUGCUGGCCUCCAAGAGUGGCUCACAGGCAGGUGAAAGCCCUGCUAAGGCUUUGUGCAAACCGUUAACCAGCGAAGAUGCAAAGGAAAGACAACCUUUUUUCAACAGACUAUACAAAGCUGUAGCCUGGAAACUGGUUGCUGUUGGAGGCUUCAGUCCUAACGUAAAUCACGCAGAACUUCUAAACUCAUCUAUUCAGUCUGUAAAAGCUACGUUAGAUGUUGCUUUUGUUCCCCUGAAGGAACUUGCAGACUUGCCUCAAAAUAAGAGCUCUCUAGAAAACAUAGUUUGUGAACUGAGGUGUAAGUCUGUCUACUUGGGUACUGGCUGUGGUAAAAGUAUGGAAAAUGCCAAAGCGGUUGCUUCAAGAGAAGCUUUGAAAUUAUUCCUGAAGAAGAAAGUUAUUGUGAAGAUAUGUAAAAGAAAAUACAAAGGUAGUGAAAUCGAAGAUUUGGUACUUCUGGAUGAAGAAUCAAAACCUUCAAAUUUACCUCCAGCUUUAAGAAAUCCUCGUGAGAUUUUGUAGGGGAGAAUCGCUGUUUGUACCGUGUAUAGUAUUUCAAGACAAGGACUAAAGGUUAAUUUUGUACUUUGAAAAUGUAGGCUUCCAGAUAUUUUGUAUUUCUUUCUCAGUUUUGCAAGACAAUGAUAGUCCUUUCACUUGGUAGCAAUUGUAUAAAACUUGUUAGAGAUGACAAGUGUGCAUUUAAAGGUAUGCCUUAAUAUAUAGCACACUAGUGUGCUGUUUUAUUUGCAAAAUAGUCUACCUAAUUCUUCUAUUUUUAAUUAAAUGAUUAGGGUACAAUUUGCUGUUUAAAACCUGACAGUUUUGUAAUUCUUACGAUUUGAUGGCAGUGUGCUCAAUUGUCUACCAUGUCUUUUUUAGCCGCAUAGAAGUAUGUAUAUAGGGACCAUAAUACUUGAACGAUUGAAAGUUGUUUAGAAACUUCAAUCAAAAAGUUGAAUCAUCUGUUUCAGGCGUGUUGCUCAUAAUGUUCACUGUUGCUCAUACUAGGAGAGAAAAUAGUUGGUUGACUAUUUUUAUGGGAUGUCGUAACACUCGCAAUAUAAAUGACACCUGAUCCCAUGGAACAUUAUACUAGCAGGUUAGAUCCCGUUUAACAUUAUACUGGCAAAUUAUCAAUUAGCAGUCAAGUCACAGCUACUUCAGCCACCAAAACUCUGUAAGCAAGUUUAAUUUAUAUUGUGAAAUACCAUUUACCGUUUUUUCAAAUAAACAUGGAUUUCUAUACUAAGCAUAUUUUGACUGCUACUAAAACAAUAAAACCUCUGGGAUAUGCUUUUAUAGUACUUCGGUUUUGGCUAUUAAAUAUUCCAGCCAUUUCAAUAACUUUGCAACACCUUAAGAAAAGCUUUACUUUGAGUGGCUUCAAGGUGUCAUCCCACAAGGAUAAGUUGUUUUCUUCGGAUGUGUAGCUGAAAUACUGUGAAACUGAUAGAGUGGACCUAUAGAAUAUCUAUUUCUACUUUUGUAAUGCUUAACCGAGAUAAGCAAAAUGAAGAUGCUGCUGUCUCCUAGAGACAGCGAGCAUAUCGUAAAGCAUUCACACAGAUUGAGCCCUUCCUUUGCUACAUUUUUACAUGAUGUACAGAAUGGUUUGAAGCAAAGAAAGUGGGAGAUUACCUUUUAUUUUCAAUGUUAAUGAAAUACCUGCACAAACUGCAUGUUUUGAUAUAUUGGGUAAUGACAUGUAACUGUAAAAACAUUAUGUCUUCAAUGCUAUUUUGAAUUAAUCUUGUUCGACUACAGUAGUUAGCAUCAUUUAAUGGAGACCUUACACUUGACUGUGACAGAUCCAUUGAUCGAGUACUACAAGAGUGAGUAGGAAUUCCUGGGAUCUCGGUAGUACAUAUGUCCACUUAAAGACUUCAAGUUCUUUUGUGAUGUUGGGACUAAAACACAAUGGUGUUGUUACACUGUACCCUACAUCAUUUUGAACAGCAGUGGCUGUCCAGUCUGUAGCACCCGAAGCCUGCAAGGUGCUUGCGCUUCCUGAUGGCUGGUUGAGAACUUCCUCCGCCUGAUCCCUGUGCUUCUGUGCUCUUGGUCACCCUUUGCUCUGGGUGGGCUUCUCAGGAAGGGCUCCUCGGUGUUUCUGGAGCACCACCCGACGUUGAGAACGCAAUGUGUUAAAUUGCGUCUUGCAUGGUGUAGGAAUUGGUGCGUGCUUCCAUCGCAGAGUGAGUUUCGUGCUGUAGUUAGGAGUUCUGGUGUUCUUGCCAGGAAGCGUGAGGUCUGUUUUCAAAUCCUCGCACUGUUCAGGUGGAGACACGGAAUGACUCUUUUUGUGGGGCAGGAAUCGCGUCCCGUGGUACAGCUUUUCCAGCUGUUAGUGUGGGCAUUUCCAGAUCUCUGGUAGAGAAUUGCAGCAUGUGUUGCAAUGAAAAAACCUGUGUUUCCCGUCUGUAAAGCGAAGCUCUCCGUAUUUACUGACCUCAAGGGGGUUGUUAGGGUAACUGUGUUAAAAGGCUGAGGUGCUAGAUGCCC